AUUGGUCCGUUCGGCGCUGUUAUGGUCACAUGGAACCUAAAAUGGCCGCCGCCGACGACGGGCGCAAAGAUGGUCAGGACAGCAUCCUGGAGCCGCUGUGCUUCCCAGAGCAGCCGUCGCUCGUCGACUCUGUGACUCAGAGUCGGCGGCGCUCCUGCUCCGGGGUGCUCCUGUGUCCGUUCUGCUCCGAGUCGACUCCCCUUCCACAGACAGACGUUCUCCUCAAACACCUGCUGCAGCAGCACAAGCUGGUCAUUGCCGACGUCAAACUGGUUGCAGACCUGCCAAAAUACUUGUUGUACUGGAAAGGCAGAUUCAUGGAGCAGCCCGUCACAGACUUCUGCAGUGUCAUCAGAACCAACUCCACCGGACCGGCUGAGAAACAGGAGGACUACUUCCUCCUGUGCGACGUCCUUCCCGAGGACCGACUCCUGCGAGAAAACCUCCAGCAGAAACGACUGGAGGAGGUGCUGGAGCAGCAGCAGCAGGAGAGAGACGACGGCAGCUUCCAGCGUCUCUGCAUGUUCUGCAGCGACGAGUUCGCUGGAAACAGGUCGUCUCUGCUGAACCACAUGGCCAGAGAACAUUCGUUCAGCAUCGGGCUGCCGGACAACAUUGUCUUCUGUGACGAGUUCCUGGACACUCUGCAGGGCAAACUGGACAAUCUGCAGUGUUUGUACUGCGAGAAGACGUUUCGAGAUAAGACCACGCUGAAGGACCACAUGAGGAAGAAAGCACACAGACGCAUCAACGCCAACAACCGUGAAUACGACAGAUUCUACGUCAUCAACUACCUGGAGCUGGGGAAGACGUGGGAGGAGGUGCAGAGCGAAGACGAUCGAGAGCUGGUGGACGAGGACGAUGAUUGGUCAGACUGGCAGGCUCACCCAGUGUCUGCUGUGUGUCUCUUCUGUGAUCAUCAGUCAGAGACCAUGGAGCAGAUCUACACACACAUGAAGGCAGCUCAUGACUUUGAUCUCCACAAGCUGAGGACAGAACUCAACCUCGGGUUCUACCAGCAGGUCAAACUGGUGAACUUCAUCCGGAGGCAGAUCCACCAGAACCGUUGCUAUGGCUGCCAAGAGAAGUUCCACUGCAGAGCCGACGUGCUGCGUCACGUCGAGGCUGAAGGUCACGUGAUGAAGCUUCCACACGUGUCCACCUGGGACCAACCACAGUACUACUUCCCCACGUACGAGAACGACGCCCUCUUGUGUACGCUGUCUGACAGCGAUGGAGACGAACGAGGCGAGACGAACCACGACGAGGACGUCCCAGUGAUCGCAGAGGACAUCUCCAACCUCCGAGCGCUGAAACGGAGCAGUGUCCUCAACCAGCUGCUGAGGAACAGAAGCUCCUGCAGCUAAGACCAGGCACAAAAAACAUUAUGACUCAGCACUUUUAAGAGUCUUCAACCUUCGCCUUGUCAGCGUUUUCCGUUCAACAGUAAAGAGAAUCAUUUAUGUCAUGAAUGUUUAUUACUUAAAGUAAAUAAAUACUCUUCUAUAGUGAAUUAAAUCACACAGACUCAAACAGAAACGCUUCCUCUAAGUCUCACUGAAGUGAAUAAAAACCUGCUGCAGCUUCA